GACGCCCGAAAAGUCUCGCAGAGUCUCGCGAGAGGCGCUCACUUGUACGGCCGCCAUAUUGUGUGACACUAUUUUGAUUCUUAUCUGUUGGAAGAGAGAAAGCAAGAGAGAAACUAAGCGGAGCCGAGGGGACCCGCAGAAGAGCUGUCAGAAGAGAGCGAGGCGGCGGCGGCAGCGGGAUUCGCGAGCGGAGUUGGGCCUGGUUCUGUAGCAGAUCCGCGGCGCUGACACGAAGAUGCUAAGCCAGUGCGUGUGAGCGAGUGCUGUGGUCAAGGCCGUUCUGUUUUGGCAGUAGACGAAUGGCACAGGGAAACCAGCAGAUUGACAACCAGGUUCUGCGUCACCUGCGGCAACAGUUUCCAGAGCUUCCCGAGGACGUGGUGUCCGAGUGUGUCCUGCAGAAUAAGAACAAUUUAGCUGCGUGUUGCGAGUACCUGACCAAGGUGAGUCCUGGUUUCUUGUAUAGCGAAGGCAGCCAGAGUUCGACAGAUCUUCGCAAUCACAUGACCCAGCUCAACCUCGGCAUCUCUCAGAAUACCCAUGGCGCCGUGCAGCGAGAUGUAAUGAGGAUGAAUGGCAGCAGGACUGUCACCCCCAGCGCGAGCGAUGGGCCUUUGACCGUACCAUCCUCUCUCUCCGAGUUCUACCAGCCCGAAACGCCGUCUGUGCCGGCACACACGCCCGCGAGCCUCAGCGCCUUCGCCACCAUGGAGUCCACUCGCAAGCCGCAGCCUCCUCAGCACCUGGGCCUUUACCAGGUCGGGGGCAAAGGUCACGGAUUUUUCCUCAGAUAUUCAGAUGUUCUGCAGUAUUGUUUUUGUGUGAUUAGUUUCAUUCCACGUGUAUCUGACGAUGGUCCGUGUGAACUUGCAGCUUUGCUGGUGCAUCAGAGAGCACGCAUGGAGCGACUGUGGCACGAACUGGAGCAGAAGAAGAGAAAGCUGGAGAAGCUGAAAGAAGAAGUCAACGAGAUGGAGAAUGACCUCACACGGAGACGAAUGCAGCGCUCCAACUCAGCCUGUCAGAUACCAUCUAUUAAGGAGAUGCAGCAAUUGAGGUGUAAGAAUAGACUUCUACAGAUCGAUAUUGAUUGUUUAACCAAAGAGAUUGACCUCCUUCAGACACGAGGACCAGACUUCAAUCCCAUUGCAAUUCACAAUUUUUAUGACAACCUUGGAUUCUUGGGUCCUGUACCUCCUAAACCUCCCAAAGGUCCUACGAAACCAGGAGUGGAUCUGGACAGGAGAGGGCGCAGGAUCAGCGUCAGCUCCAAGCUGAAGAGAGACCCGUCUCUCCCUCCUGUGCCUCCCGCCGAGGGCAGCCGGAGCGCCAGGCUCGUGUCGGAGCCCGAGGAGGACGACGGUGUUCAGUGGAGCUGCACUGCAUGCACCUUCCUCAACCACCCUGCCCUCAACCGCUGUGAAGAGUGUGAAUUCCCACGGCAUUUCUGAGCCACGCCUGCCCUCUCGGCCCACUGUGUGUGUGUGUUCGUCUUGUGAUGUCCACUGAAGACUGGAUGAUGUUUACAGCUCUUUGUCUCUGUACAGUGUGUGUGUGUCGUGUGUGUGUCGUGUGGGAGAUCAAGGGAAAUUUCCUGCUUGAUCCGUGAAGAGGCUCGUGUUGCCGGUGAUGUUGACACGUUUAUUUCAUCCACACGCGGUUUACAGAUGUGGCUUUGGAUGCCAGUGUGCCUUUUUCAUGGGAACUGAUCGUGACUGCUUUAUCAGUGCUGUUCCCAAAGGAUCAUGGGCGGAAUCUGCUCAACUCACAGUUCUUUUGUUUGAUGAAA